AAUGGCCUUAGAGGAUCGUUGUAGUCCCCAAUCAGCACCAUCGCCUCCAGGUCUACCUCAAUCGCCACAAGCCAAUCAAGCAACACCCCCACAGCCGCAACAACAGCCGCCAGCCUAUUACAAUCCGGCUAUUUUGGAUAUGAGUUUAUCACAAACCAGUAUUGUUGAUCCUGCCACAGCCACAGUUGCAGCAGCCGCCGCCAUGUUACCCCACACAGUUGCCUCGUUGUAUCAGCAACAACAAUUGCAGCAUUUGCAACAAUUACAUCAUUUACAACAAUUACAUCAGCAGCAAUUGGCCGCCGGUGUUUUCCAACAUCCCUAUGGCCACGAUAUGAGUGGUCAGGCCCGUUUGAGUGUCUCACCCGGAGCCCAUUCCACGACAUCUUCCACACCAGCCUCCUCAAUGACCAUCAAAGAAGAAGAAAGUGAAUCCAUUAUGGGUGAUAGCUUUUCCGGCGAACACGAACAAUCCUCAUCGUUUAAUCAUCAAAAUGUCACCGAAGAUGAGGAUGAGGAAUGUGAUAUCGAUGUGGAUGUCGAUGAGACAGAGGAAGAGGAUAAGUCACGCAUACCACCACCAGCCCAUCAACAGUCGAGCAAACCCACAUUGGCCUUUUCCAUUUCGAACAUCUUAAGCGAUCGUUUUGGUGGUGUGGAACACAAAGAAGAUACUCCCACAGCAAGACAGACACAAUUUCCUCAGCAGGGAUCCAGCAUCUAUAGGCCAUUCGAUCAAUCGCGGGCAGCCACGGCAACUCCAUCGGCUUUUACCCGUGUAGAUUUAUUGGAAUUGAGCCGGCAACAACAGGCUGCUGCCGCCGCUGCCACUGCAGCCAUGAUGAUUGAAAGGGCCAAUAUUUUGAAUUGCUUUAACCCAGCUGCCUAUCCUCGUAUCCAUGAGGAAAUUCUACAAAGUCGUAUGCGUCGUACGGCGGGUCACCUCAUGCCCGGUGCUCAUAAAAUGAUGACAGAUCCUUCAUUGGUGUCACCACCCCCACCUUCCGCGCAAUCCGCUUUGGGUUCAUUGUGUAAAACGGUGUCCCAAAUUGGUCAGACAACACCACCGGCAACGGCAUCCACCAAUGGUUCGAAUAAUUUGCUACUAUCUACACCACCUGCCUCGUCCACACCAUCAGGAUCAUCUAUGGCUUCACCACCACCCUGUUCCUCAUCAUUGCCAAAUACCUCGAUGAGUUCAUCAACAAGCUCUGCAUCAUCAUCCGCAUCAUCUGCCUGCCCUUCAUCGUCAUCGGGACAUUCUUCACAGAAUUCUUCACCCACCAGCCGUAAAAAUCAAAGUCCCCAACCCAUCCCUCCGCCGUCGGCAAUUAGCCGAGAUUCCGGUAUGGAAAGUUCGGAUGAUACCAAAUCGGAAACGGGUUCGACGACAAAUUCGGAAACGGGCAAAAAUGAAAUGUGGCCAGCGUGGGUGUUCUGCACGCGUUACAGUGAUCGUCCCAGUUCUGGCCCCCGUUACCGUCGCCCCAAACAACCCAAAGAUCCCAAAGCCUCCGAUGAAAAGAGACCAAGAACUGCAUUCUCCGGCGAACAAUUGGUCCGACUAAAACGUGAAUUCAAUGAAAAUCGCUAUCUAACCGAACGAAGACGCCAACAAUUAAGCGCCGAAUUGGGUUUAAAUGAGGCCCAAAUUAAAAUCUGGUUCCAAAAUAAACGCGCCAAAAUCAAGAAAUCCACCGGCACCAAAAAUCCCCUGGCCCUGCAAUUAAUGGCCCAGGGUUUGUAUAAUCACACCACCGUGCCGCUAACCAAAGAGGAGGAAGAAUUGGAAAUGCGGAUGAAUGGACAAAUUCCAUAAAUUCGUAACUUACAAAAAAAAAAAUCCCUAAAACCAGAUU